AAGCUCCCAUUGUUUCUCAUAUAUGUAUAGUAAUAGAUGUAUAUUAAAACUUCCACCCCAAACAACUUUUAAAGAAAUUCAUGAACAUCAAAUUCCUUGCAAGUCUGGUAACACAAUCAGAGAUAUUCAAAAUCUAAACUCCAAUAUCAACAAUAACUACCAUUUAAAUUCAAUACGAAAUUAAUUAACAAUCCCAACAAAAUUUCAAUUCCACAAAGUGGGUCAACAUCAAAAUGUCUCAAAUUCUAUAAAUUGUUCAAGAAAACAAAACUCAAAACAAAAAAAAAAAAAAAAAAAAACCAUAAAACCAACAAAUUCAAGCAUAAAAAUUACAUUUUUGAAAAAAAAAAAAAAGAAGAAAAGAAAAAGAAAUUCCCCCUCCUGUCACGGCGAAGCUAAGCUCUUCUUUAAUAUCAUCAUCGUCUUGUUCUUCACCGUCAAUUUCACGCUCUAGUUUCUCCACAAGAACCCAUUAAGAAACAAGCAUCGACAAAAAAAACAACACACACCCAUUUCACGGACAUCUCCAUAAAGUAAACCAAAAGAAGAGAAGAAAAAUAAACAUGAAGAGAUUGAAGAGCUACUACAUGCACAUACGCCAUCAUCAAUCAAUGGAACGCAAAUGGAUCUUUCCAUUAGCAAUUGGUUCUUUAGUUUCAUUAUUUCUUGUCUUGCUAACUAGUCUCUCUUCUUCCUCGUCUGAUGGCACUCCCUUAAUUCCUUUAUACCGUUCUUUCUCUUCUUUCAGUUCAAGAUUUGUCGAAACUAAACUCCACCCAAUUCCCAUCAACACUCUCCCACCUCCUCCGAGACUCGCCUACCUGAUUUCUGGGUCUGCGGGUGAUGGGAACAUGUUGAAGCGCACAUUGCAAGCUCUUUACCAUCCCAAUAAUCGAUAUGUUGUGCAUUUAGAUAGAGAAUCUUCUGCUGAGGAGCGUUUGGAUCUAAGUAAUUAUGUGCAACAAGAUCCUGUCUUUUUAAAGUUUGGUAAUGUCAAAAUGAUCCAAAAAGCUAAUCUCGUUACUUAUAGAGGCCCUACUAUGGUUGCUAAUACUUUACACGCUGCUGCUAUUUUGUUGAGAGAUGGUGGUGAUUGGGAUUGGUUUAUAAAUUUAAGUGCUUCUGAUUAUCCACUUGUCACACAAGACGAUCUAUUGCACACAUUUUCUUAUUUGCCAAGGGAUCUUAAUUUCAUUGAUCAUACUAGUAACAUUGGAUGGAAAGAGUUUCAGAGAGCGAAACCUAUAAUUGUUGAUCCUGGGUUGUAUAUGACAAAGAAAGCUGACGUUUUUUGGGUUACACAGAGGAGGAGUGUGCCAACAGCAUUUAAACUUUUUACAGGUUCUGCCUGGAUGGCACUUUCUCGGCCUUUUGUUGAUUACACCAUAUGGGGGUGGGACAAUUUACCAAGAGUGGUACUUAUGUAUUACGCCAACUUCAUAUCUUCCCCAGAAGGGUAUUUCCACACUGUCAUUUGCAAUGCACAAGAGUUUCGUAACACCACUGUGAAUAGUGAUCUUCAUUUCAUAUCAUGGGACAACCCUCCUAAGCAGCAUCCACACCACCUCAACAUUGCUGACAUGCAGAGGAUGAUUGAUAGUAAUGCUCCUUUUGCAAGGAAGUUCCCUCGCAAUGAUCCAGUGCUGGACAAAAUUGAUUCUGAGCUUUUAUCUCGGGGUCCAAGCAUGUUCACUCCUGGUGCUUGGUGCAUCGGAAGCAGGGAAAAUGGAAGUGAUCCAUGCUCUGUUAUCGGUAAUACCACUGUCCUUAGACCAGGCCCUGGAGCAAAGAGGCUUGAGAAUCUGAUAAGCAAUCUGUUAUCUAGUGAAAAUUUCCGACCAAAGCAGUGCAAGUAGCAACCAUUAAGCAAGAAGGUAGUUUACAUGCUCUUGGGUUAGUUUAUGUCAGAAGUACAGAGACUGUGAUCGCCUAAUCUACAUUCCCUCAGGUGGGAGGAAAAAGAGUGCUGAAACUAUAUACGGGUCGCUGGCUACAUGUAGUGUCAUGGAGAAGACGGAUUUUGUGCAAAGAUAUCAAUUACAGGGCUGGCAUUAAUUUUCCACUGUAGUAUCAUGGUGUAGAUGACUGAACUCAUCCUUGUGAUUAGGUGACCCAAAAUAUUUUAUCCUUUUCUUGUUCUUUUUAUAUUUUUUAGAAAGUCCGUCCAUCAAAUCAUUUAGCCUCAAUAUUGUGCGGAAUUGAUGGUGAGGUGGAUGAACAAUGGUAAACACCCAAUGUUUAGAAAGAGAAGGAAAAAGAAAAAAAACAGGAAGUUCAAGUUUUACUGUACGAUGGCUUGUAUAGACAACUGCUUCUCUGGCACUAUCAGACUCCGGUAUGAGUGCUGAAAAUCCAGAGAAAAAGAAAUAUCGUUUAGAGUUCAUUUUGAUGGUACAAUCGCAUAAUUGUCAUUCAA